AUGCGGUUCCACCUCAGGGCAGGCUUCUUCGCGUUGCUCGCCGCGCGUGCUAUCGCAGCAGCGGACUGCACGCUCAGUCAAACUGGCGCAGACGAUGCACCUGCCUUCCUUGCUGCAGUUACGGACUGCGACACGAUUACCAUUCCUGCCGACACGACGCUUAACAUCAGCACUCGGCUGAACAUGACCGGCCUCUCGAACACGCAUAUUGACCUGCAAGGGACGAUUGCCUUCAAUCCAGACAUCCCGUACUGGAGCGGUAACGGCUUUCACUUCGACUUCCAAAAUUCCAUUACGGCUUGGCUCCUGGGCGGAACUAACGUCACCUUGAGCGGGGGAGGAACGCUAGAUGGGAAAGGACAGCCCUGGUAUGACGAGUUCGCCUCGAACUCAUCCCUUCUGCGGCCCAUCAUCCUCACGGUCUACCAAGGCGACGGUGUCACAGUCAAAGACAUCGCGAUGGUCAACGCGCCCAUGUGGGUGAACCUGGUCUAUGAAUCCAACAACGUGAUCUACGACAACAUCACUAUCACCUCCGAGUCCACGAGUGACAACGAAGCGAAGAAUACCGAUGGCUGGGACACCUACCGCUCGGACAACGUGGUUAUCCAGAACUCGGUGAUCAACAAUGGCGAUGACUGCGUGUCCUUCAAGCCGAACUCGACGAAUAUCUUGGUAUCGAACUUGGAUUGUACGGGGUCACACGGCAUCUCCGUGGGCUCGCUCGGCCAGUAUCCCGAGUACUACGAUAUCGUGGAGAAUGUCACCGCUAUCGACAUCAAGAUGUCCAAGGCCCAAAACGGUGCGCGCAUCAAGGCAUGGGCCGGCCCCGACGUUGGCUCCGGCAUCGUGCGCAAUAUCACCUUCCAGAAUUUCGUGGAGAGUGAGGUUGAUAACCCGGUGGUCAUUGACCAGUGCUACUUCACCGACGAGGACGAGUGCGCGGAGUACCCCUCGAACACGUAUAUCGAGGAUGUAUGGUUCAACAACAUCACCGGCACCGGCACGGACGAUGUCGUUGCGUCCAUCGCCUGCUCUCCGGACGGACGGUGCUCAAACAUCAACGUGAAUGAUCUCAGCCUGACGGGUCCGGACGGCGAUGCGAAGUAUGUUUGCGAGAACGUGGAGUUGAGCGGGAAUGCGGUUGGCUUGUUCGCCGAGUGUACGAACACGGCGUAG